AUGUCGAAUAUCGGGACGAUCGGGGCCCUGACCCUGUCAGUUGUCUCAUCAGUGUCGAUCGUUAUCUGCAAUAAAGCGCUGCUUUCCCAGUUUCAUUUCAACUUCGCGACGACGCUAUCCAGCUGGCAUCUGGUGAUCACAUUCCUAUCGCUGCACGUCGCGCGGACGAUCGGGUUCUUCGAGCAUAAGGCGUUCGACCCUAAGGUCGUCAUCGGGUUCGGCUUGCUCAAUGGCGCGUCCAUUGGCCUCCUGAACCUAACACUAGGGUUCAAUUCCGUUGGAUUUUACCAGAUGGCCAAGCUCGCCAUCAUCCCGUGCACGGUCUGUCUGCAAAUCCUCUUCCUGAAGAUGAGAUUCAGUCUGCAGGUGCAGGCGUCCCUACUGGUGCUGCUGCUGGGCGUGGGCAUCGCCACAGUCACGGACUUGGAGCUCAAUUUCGUUGGCACGGUCCUGGCUGCUCUUGCCAUUGUCAGCACCUGCGUUGCUCAAAUCAUGACCAACACGAUUCAGAAGGGGUACAAGGUGAGCAGCACGCAGCUGCUGUACCAGUCGUCGCCCUUCCAGGCGCUCAUUCUCAUCCUCUCGGGGCCCUUCGUGGACGCCUACCUCACGGGCCACAACGUCUUUGCCUUCGACUACACCUUCAACGUCAUUUCGUUCAUCUUGCUGUCAUGCUUCAUCGCCGUGGCUGUCAACUUCAGCUCCUUCCUUGUCAUCGGCAAGACGUCGCCAGUCACCUACCAGGUGCUAGGCCACCUCAAGACAUGUCUGGUGCUGGGUAUGGGCUACCUCUUGCUCAACAACCCCUUCAGCUGGCGCAAUGCGGGUGGCAUUCUGGUUGCGCUGGUCGGCAUGGUUCUCUACUCCUACGUGCAGAUCCAAGAGGCCAAGUCCAGAGACGCUCAGAUUUCAGCUCCUCCCUCGGGUGGCUUAAGUUUUGAGAAGGCCAAUGACAGUGACCGUGAAACUGUGAGUUAA